AUGGCAGACUUCAACUUUGAUCCAUUCUCCCAGCCUAUCAAUACAGAACAGGCACCGCCACCGGACGAAAGGAAAGCAGAGGGCAAGAAAGCCAGGCGUUCACCCAAUAGUGAUCCUCCGCCCUCCUUCAAUCCGUACAUAGAGGAGACGAAGAGGCAAGCAGCGAACGCAACCGUCGACAUGACGAGCCAGAUGGCCUAUCAGUAUGCACGAGACCGCAUUCCUACCGGGUGUACGAAGGUUUUCAAGAUAGAGUUUUAUCGAUCCUUGUUUGCGUGUCAGACGUCCGACAUCAUGAAGCGCGUGUGGCAAAGCCUUCUUAUCUUCAAGGGAGACUUUCUGAACGAGGCUAUCAACGGGCCGGUAGACCUCUGGUACCCCAUUUGGGUCACCAUCACAUUGGUCUUUGCUCUUUUUCUGGGAAUGACUAUAGAUAUCGUCUUCAACAUCAAUGGAAACGGUAACGUAUCUCUCCAAGGAUCCCUCCCUUUUAUUACUCUCGCGGGAUUGAUCGCCGCCUACCAAGGUCUCGUGCCGCUCAUCUUUUGGGCCGUGUGCAAGUGCAUUGGAUUUACAGAGCUAAGAUACACAGUGAUUUCCUGCCUUUAUAGCUACUCCUACACGCUUUUAGUUCCCCUCUGCGUAGUGCUGGGCCUUUUCAGGCUUGCUGACGGGGAAAAGGGCACAGCAACAGAAAACCUAGGGUCUAUAAUUGCGGGCGGCGUCUUCGGAAUUGUGGGCGCCUGGGCCAUGUUAUUUUUUGUGGUGCAGCUGAUCAAGUACCUGAAGAAGCUGGACGUUGGAAAGAAGAACCUUAUGAUCAUGGGUCUUCUGUUCGGGAUUGUGCAUGGCGGGUUCUUUGCAGCCAUAAUCUGCAUCUUCCUGUUUGCAAACUUUUAG